AAUGUUCUCCGUCCACAGCGACGUGUCUGAGCAGCUCAGCCCUGAUUGGUCGCUCCUGUGGCGGCUGCGUGUGAAACUUGCUGCCGCGGAGCUUUUCCACGUAGCUGAAGUGGCCACGUUUGAUUCGGCUACAGGGGGAGCCAUGCCAAGCUGUGUAUAGACACCGACUUUCAGGCAUGGCUCACUGAAAUUAACGUUAACACACGGUUUUAGAGCGUUUACAAUGACUUCUGCAGGGGUCCUGAGCUGUGUGCUGUUGGUCGCCGGCCUUGUCUUCAUCCAGCCCGGGCCGAGUGCAGCGUGGGACGCGGAUUUAGAGCUGUUCGACCUGGUUGAGGAAAUCCCACAAACAUUUUACGAAUUCCUGUCAGUUAACCAGGAUGCCCCGUCCUCUGAGAUCAGAAAGGCAUACAGGAGGCUUUCCCUCAUCCUUCAUCCUGAUAAAAACAAAGAUGAGAACGCUGAAACCCAGUUCCGCCAGCUCGUUGCCAUCUAUGAAGUUCUUAAAGAUGAGGAAAGGAGAAAAAGGUAUGAUGACAUCCUGGUUAAUGGGCUUCCUGACUGGAGACAGCCCGUGUUCUACUACCGCCGUGUCAGGAAGAUGAGCAAUGGAGAGCUGGGCUUCCUCCUCUUCCUCAUCCUCACCGUGGGCCACUAUGCCGUGAUCUGGUCCAUUUAUUUGGAGAAGCAGUUGGAUGAUCUCCUUAGCAAGAAGAAGAGAGAGAAGAAGAAGAAGCAAAGCAGCAAGUUAGCCGAAGAGCCGAAGACCACGGGGCAAGAGAAAAAUGAGAAAUCAGAUAAACCUCACUGGCAUGAUAUUCUACCGCUCAAGCUGAGCAUCUGGCUUUACUACUCUCUGAAGUCUCUACCUCAUGCCAUCCAGGAUGUGAAGCAGUACUACAAAGACUACAAAGAAAUGAAACUGAAAGAAAAAGAGCAAGCAGAAGCACAAGCAGAGCAAGAAACGCAGCAAAGAGAGAAACGGCCAAAGGUGAAGAAACCCAAAGUGGAGUUUCCGGUUUAUGAGCCCAGUGAGGCGGCGUACGUACCUGUGUACGACCAGGGAGCGUCCAUCGAGGACAUUGAGGAUCAAAUGGACGACUGGCUGGAAGAUCGGAAAACACAAAAAAAGAAAACUCCAGAGUGGACAGACGAGGACUUCAGUCUGCUGACUCGCUGCAUGGUGAAGUUUCCUGGAGGAACACCGGGGCGGUGGGAGAAGAUCGCUCAUGAGCUGGGCAGAUCCGUCACUGAUGUUACAACAAAAGUAAAACAGGUCAAAGACAGUGUCUCCAACACAUCAGGGUUGGUGAAGCUCUCAGAGCUGAAGAGUAAUGCGUUGGUAGGAAAGAGUGCGGUCCCAGAUAGCCUCAUGACCCAGCGAGAGGAGCUCGGGCUUCCCGAAGAGCCUCCGGAGCCCGACGCACCCGAGGAAACGGAGAGCAAAACCGUGAGGAGACGAGGCAAAAAAUCCACAGCAGGGGCUCCUGGGACAGGAAGCGGGGAGGAGAAGGAAAAAAUGAAAGGGCGCAGACAGAGAGACUUUGACCCCACAGCCGUGGACGAGGACAGCGAAGAGGAGAAAAAGCAGCCGAAGGAAAAGCCGAGCACUGCUGAUGACGUCUGGACCCAAAACCAGCAGAGACUGUUGGAGCUGGCGCUGCAGCAGUACCCACGAGGCACUGCGGAGCGCUGGGACAGGAUCGCCAAAGUGGUGCCUGGGAAAAGCAAGGAGGAGUGUAUGAUCCGGUACAAGCUGCUUGCUGAGCUGGUGCAGAAAAAGAAACAGGCGAAGAGCUGACGAAACGAUCCUCUUCUCCUCUGCCUGUUCCUUCAUCUCUCUCCCUGUCAUGUGCCUUAGCUUUGCCAAGAUCAUGCUGUAUAUCAGCUGGGUCGCUUCUCCAGCUGUCUGGUUUAGGGCUGGUUUAUACUUCUGUGCUGACAGUGUGGUGCACUGACUGAGGUGCAGCUCUCUAAAACAGCUUAUUAUACUGUAUAUUCAACAUUUUCACACUCGUUCCAAACUGUUCCAAAAGUCCCAAACUGUUCCAUAUCUGAUCGAUUUUGACCUAAUAGCAUGGUGUCUGUGGUUUAGAACCCGUAGAAAGUGGUGAUCCUCAGUGUUCUCUCAUCUACAACUUUGCUGCUCCUCUAUGCAUUCUGUAGUUUUUCAUUUUUCUUGUAAUGGACAUGUUCACGUCCGUGUUCACGUUAUGUGCAGGUGUUUACACGUGUUCACAAAUACGCAGAUGCAGAAGUAUAAACCAGUCCUCCUGCUGAAAUCAGCAGGCUUCAGUAUUGGACAAACCCAUUGGACAAACCCAUCUAUGAUUUGUAUUAUACAAAGCUGCAAAUGUGCAUAAAUCAGUUUAAUUAUUUAUUUUAUCUUUCUUUGCUGAUGUGGCCUUCGUUCCUCUGUGUAAUUUAAUGCGCGAGGAACAGAACAGCUAAGCUUCUUAUGAUGUUCGUUGACUUUUUCUGAACAUUUUGUGCCCACCUCUGUUUUCAGAGACCCAAUGUGGCUUUGUUUUUAUCUGUUAAUGAAACAUAAAUCAUUUACGUACAACUGA